GUUCUGUCCAAACAAAACCCUAUCAUUAUAACUUUCUAGCAGUACAUAUAUAUACAUAUAUAUAUAUAUGAGCAAGAAAACUCAUCGUCAUCAUCAAAAUACGGAGAGACCUACCUUUCAAAAAUUAUUAACUAAAGUUCAACAUUCAAAUAAUUCUGAAGUAAAUCAAAAAUAUUCCGAACAGAAAAAAUUUCAAGUCAUCUCUCAAAGAUUUCAUUAUAUCAUGAAUAAAAGGUUUCUAUUAUCUUGUUCAUUAAUAUCAUUCCUUUAUUUAUGUAUUGUAUUAAUAAAAUCUACAAAGUUUGAAGAUAAAUUCAAUUAUAAUGAAAAUGGUAACAAUGAAACAUUACCAAAUUCUUUAUAUGUAACAUUGAAUGCUAACAAAGAGAUCCAUAAUCAAGAUUUCAAUCAUGAAUUAAAUGAUGAAUAUGAUUUACGUCAGAAAAUAUCUUUAUUGAAUAAUCCAAAUUAUUUAAUGCCAACAUUAUGUAUUGGUGUAUUAGUUCGUAACAAAGCUCAUACAUUACCAUAUUUUUUAAAUGGUAUAGAAAAUCAACAAUAUCCAACUAAACGUAUUACAUUAAUCUUUUAUGUUGACAAUACAAUUGAUUCAAGUGAGAUCAUAUUAAAUGAAUGGAUUCAAUGUAACAAAGAUAAAUAUCAUAAUAUAAUUUUUGAAGGUAAAGAUCAUAAUAUAACUAAGUUAGAGUAUGAAAAUUUGAGUAAAACGUGGACUCAAGAUCAUUAUUUACAUGUUAUAAAUUUACGUCAGAAAUUAUUAGAUGAAGCACGUAAUAUCUGGGCUGAUUUUUAUUUAUCUAUUGACGCUGAUGUGAUUCUUAUGAAUCCAUUGACUAUUGAACAUUUAAUAAAUGUUAUGCUUGAUUCAACAGUAUCUACAUCUAAAUCUAAUUUAGAUCAUAAAAUUAAUGAAAAUAUCAUUAUUUUGGCACCAUUGAUGAAUUGUACCUCAUCUGAACAUUAUUCCAACUUUUGGGGUGCUAUGUCUGAAGAAGGUUACUACCUGCGUUCUGAGCAUUAUUUUGAUAUACAAAAACGUCGUAUACAAGGUGUAUAUCCCGUGGCAAUGGUACACUCGAUAUUUUUAAUUAAUUUACAGUUUUAUCAAUCUGAACAAAUUGGUUAUUCUCCUGCACCAAUAAAUUAUACAGGACCAAUUGACGAUAUUAUAAUAUUUUCUAGAUCAGUACAACGUGCAGAAAUUGAUUUUUAUUUAGAUAAUACACAAUUUUAUGGAUAUAUUCCAUCACCGGUUGAAGAACAAGAUCUUGGAUUAUAUUCAAAAGAUUUAAAUAAUGCAUGGCUUUUGCGUGAACAAGAUCUAUUUGUUCAUUUACGUUUACAAGCAAUUAUUGAUCAAGAGGAUAAACAAAGAGUUAUACCUUCAGAAUGUUUAUUAAAUAUUGCUGAAAAUCAAUUACCUAAGUCAAAUAAAUUAAAUUUUGAUGAGAUUUACUUUAUUAAUUUGUUGAGACGACCUGAUCGUCGACAAAAAAUGGAAUAUAUGCUUCAUCAAUUAGGUAUAAAUGCUAAACACUAUGCAGCUAUUGAUGGAAAAGAUUUAACUAUGAAAUAUUUUGAUGAAUUAGGAAUUAAACAACUUCCGGGUUAUACAGAUCCUUACCAUAAUCGGUCGUUGAAAUUUGGAGAAAUUGGUUGCUUUUUAAGUCAUUAUAAUAUAUGGAUUGAAAUGAUCAACAAUGGUUAUAAUCGUAUAUUAGUUCUUGAAGAUGAUCUACGUUUUGCUCCUGCUUUUGUUCGUAAUUUAAAUAAAGUUAUUAAAGAAGCAGAUGAAAAUGUUGCUAAUUGGGAUCUACUCUAUAUUGGUCGUAAAAGAAUGUCAAAAUCAGAGAAACGUGUACCGAAUACAACUAGUUUAACUUAUCCUGAUUAUACUUAUUGGACACUUGGUUAUAUUUUAAAUAGAAAUGGUGCAGAAAAAUUAUUAAAACAAAAACCAUUACAAAAAUUAAUUGCUAUCGAUGAAUAUCUUCCAGUUAUGUUUAAUAAACAUCCUAGAAAAGAUUGGUUAGUUCAAUUUGAACCACGAAAUUUAAUUGCUUUAUCUGCUGAACCAUUAUUAGUUGAACCACAAAGGUAUACAGGUGAAAAACUUUAUGUAUCAGAUACAGAAGACUCUGAAAUUUUCCAUAGUAAUUAAAUAAUAUUUAAUGAUUCUUAUUAAAGUAUAUAAUAAUGAAAUGAUAUUGUAUAUUUUCCUUCGAAUUUGUACAUUCCUUAGUAGGAUUUAUUUCAUUUUUGUUUUAAAAAAAUAAUAAACAUUGUCCAUUGAAAAAGACAAUUUAUGUUACAGAUGGAUAUAAAAAAAGGAAAAAUAUUUGAGCGAACAAUUGUUUUUAUUAACUUCCUCAUCAGGCUCUACAGUCAUAAGUCCAUAAUUAUAAUAUUUUACAAAGCCGAAGCCAUCUGGAUCAACUCCAGAAAACUAAAUUUAUGUAUCCAGAAAAAAAUAUAUCCAACCUCUUUGUUUACCUUGACCUACGACUGGAUCACCGAAUACCUAGACUGAAUAUUAUAAACCUCUUAACCCCUUCCUUUAGUUUUAUUUAUUUAAUUUUUUUCCUUAUUAUCAUUAUUUUUUAUUAUCUCUAUCUUAAUUUCCACAUUCAUCAUUCCCAAUUUGUUUGUCGUAAUUACCUUGAUAACACCCUUCACACAAUAAUCUUAUUAUUAUUAUUUCAAUUGACAAGAUGAAAUUCUCCUACUGUGCAUUUUAUUCACAAAUUUUUUUGCAUUUUCAUUUUUGCUAUAAUACUGUUCUACUGAUAGUGACUGGACACUACUCCAAAUCAUCCUGACCUUUAUUGAAUGACCUUUCUAAUCUGCAAAUAUUACAAUUUUUGAAGUAUAUAUAUAUCAUAACAGAUGCAAACGUUUACCUUUUUUUAACACAUAACAUUGUCAAAUUCAUUGAUAUAUGCCUUAAUUUUGGCCUUUGUAAAAUAUUAUAAUUAUGGACUUAUAACUGUAGAGCCUAAUGAUGAAGUUGUUGAAAACAACUGUUCGCUCAAAUAUUCUUCAUUUUUGAAUAUUCUAUGGAGAUUUUUAAACAGAUGGAUAUAAGUUUAAAAAUAAUUGCAUCUUGUUUAAAGUUAUUCUAAUAUUUCAGUAAAAUUCAUGGUGUCAAGAAGAGAAUAUUAGCUUUUUUUUAUUUCGCUGGUAAUUUUACAGGGGAUUAUAAAAGGGGAAUUCCUUUAUUGCAAAAUAUACUUGCAUUAACUUAUUAACUAUACUUUUUAAGAAAGUGAGAACAAAGAAUUGAGAUGAAUGACAUGAAUUCAUUUUAUUUCAAUAGGUUCAUAUCAACUGCUUACAGAUUUUAACAGUGAAAUUAAUUAAAUAUGGUUAUUCAUCAUAUUUAUGGAGUGGUGAUUUGAAUAAUUGUAAUGAGAUUGAAGAAAUAUUUUUUAAGUAGGUGAACUAUUUUAUUUAGCAGUAUAAGGUUGUGAAGAUUGUUGAACCGAACAAUGUUAGAUCACCAUUGAAAACCUUGAAACACUAGGCGGCCGUUUCGUCCUAGUAUGGGAUUCCUCAACAAUCUCGUAUGAGGGUCUCGAACUCAGUACCUUCGAUCUCGCGCCCGACCAUUGAGUCGGCAUUGAACGAUGUUAUUGUUUAACUUCAACCAAUCUACGAUAUUGCACAACCGUCUAUCAUUGUCUUCAGUGAAUAACUGCCUCACACCAGGCGCGGUUGAAUUCCAUUGGUCAUGGGCUCUCACUGGAACUCGCAGAAUCUCAUCAUCAUGAGCCAGUAAUUCUUGCGGUAGUGGGCGCAUGACAUUUACCAGUAUGGAGUUUGUUUUAUUUAGUCUGAGAACAUUACUGAAUUGUGACUAACAGUAGAACAAAAGAUGAGCAUCUCUUCUUAUUUAAAACCAACCAGUAGGAUGGACCAAAAUCAAAGUUUUUACGUUCAUACCGAGCAUCAGACUCAGUAUCUUUCGCUUUCAACACAGAAAGCGUUAUCCACUGCAUUAUUGAAGACAAAUAGUGCAUAAAUUGUUCAACUAGUUUCAAAAUAAUUUUAAAAAGUUUAUAAUUUUUGAUGUUCAAAAAUUUAUUUUAUCGCUCUCUUUUGAGAUAUGUACAUCCUGAAGAAAUAACUACAAUCUAAAAGUUUUCAUUGAAAAGAAAGUUUAUUUAGUGAAUGUUAACGUUGAUCUGAUAUGAAUUAUCUGCUCACAAACUAUAUUUGUCCUAUCAAGUAAUCAAAAACAAUGUCAGUAUAAUUCAAAGCUAUUCCAAUGGUCAAAUAAGAUCACAGGAUAGACAGACAUCAUCCUCCAUUGCGAAGCAUUUGAUUGAGACGGAUCAUAAGGUUGACAUCAAAUCAGCAUUUGUAGCGUUAUACAAGAGCUCUCAAAGACGUAUACUAAGGUUUAUUGAAGCCUUGGAUAUAUGGAAAUUGAAACCCCCUUUAUGUGUUCAAAAACAAUAGUGAUUUAUUAUCCAGAGUGGUAAUCACAUUUGUUUUUGUGUACUUUAUUAUUUUUCCUUUUUUAUGACAUACCCCUAACCUGUCUAAUUGACCUUUUAAUUUUCAUAUAUAAAUGUUCUUAACAAGUAUAUGUGUGAUCAGAUUGUUCGAAAUGUAUUGCGCAAAUAUAUCACAUAAUUCUGAUAAACUUCGUCUUCUCAUUGCAUUAUCGCUAUUUAAAUGAAAUAAGAAACAUAUCGAAAAUUUCACAGUUAACAUGAUAAAUCAAUAUGCACAAUUUCAAUAUGUCUAUCUCUAUUCAUUGAUCUAUUCAUGAUUAUACAGAUAAUGAAUAAUUGACGAACUAUAUUAUCAAACCAAUUAAUUAAGCGUUCGCGCGCGAGACUGAGGACCCUGGGUUCGAAUCUCGCGAGUGGGACCGUGGAUGCGCACUGAUGAGGAGUCUCACGAUAGAACGAAACGGCCGUCCAGUGCUUCCAGGUUUUCAAUGGUGGUCUAACAUCAAUCGGUUCAUGAUCUCAAUCAAUCAAUUAGAAUUGAAUAUUGUCAAUUAGUUAACAUGAACUCCAAUUUUUUAUCAUAUGAUGUCAUUUGGUUUGAUUAUCAUAGUUAUGAGUUCGCGCGAAAAAAAAUGUUUUAAAUCGUUAUUAGUUUAAAAGAAUAAUCAUGUUUCAAAUAAAUUUCUUUAAAUUUAAUAAGGGAAAAAUGUCAUUUGUUUAACUGUUUUGUAAAACAAUCCAAACUUUGAAGAAACUUCCAUUUUAUAACAAAAGUAUUUGAAGAAAGCAACUAUUUAUGUUCAAUUUUUGAAUUUCCAUUCUUUGAGCAAGAUAUAUAGUUUUCAUUGUCUUUCUAUGAAGCAUCAUCAGCAUUAGCUCUUGAAUGAAAUGAGCUAUUAGAAUUUUUGGCAAGUGAUAAAUACCUUGAUAAGAGUUCUAAUAAUUCACUUUGUUCUGAGGUUCAUGGGGAUGAUGUUACACAGAAAGAUAAUAAAUGUUGCACGAUUAAAAGUAUGCGGCUUAUACAAUUUUGAGACAACUUUCUGGUAAACUUAAAGUAUACUAACGAAUUAACCACAACCGGUGAAACCUUAUCAAUAUCAUAGCCUAAAUAUCUAACGAAAAUGCUGAAUAUCAGCUGUUUCAUAUGUAAUUUUAAUGAAUAAAACAUCAUUUAGUAUUUAAAAGGCUAUGGACUGCUGAAAGAUCACCUAUUUGUGAAUGGAGGACUGAAACGAUUGUGAAUAGGUGGGAUAUUUAUCUACAUUGUUUUUUUGGUUAGGAUCGAGGAUAUGACUCAAGUUGGGAUUAAAACAGUUUAAGAGUUUAGAAUUAAGAUUCAGGCUGGGAGUUAGGCUUAGGAUUACGGAUAGAAAUGAAUUGUUUGGUUAGGGGUUGGGAUUAGAAUUAAGAUUAGGCUUUAGGGUAUGGAUGAUGUAUCUAAACAAACCAUAAUUCCGAAAUCUAAGUUUUGAUGCUCAUUUUUGACUUUAACGCGUAGAAACCUAUGAUCAAGUUAGAAUUGUUCAUCAAUAAUUAGUCAAGAUUCUCUUAGUGAAUUCUCUCAUAUUUCGACAUAAGUUAACCAUGCACUUUCGCUAUGUUCUGAUUAGCCAAAAAGGGGCAUACUUUAGGUGUACCGUUAUGCUCUGACUCGUUUAGAAACAUUACUAAUUUUCAUUAGUGGUAAUAUCUUCUUGGUUUUAAUGCUGGCUACAAAACUUACAAAACUUCAUCAAAAUUCUUUUUUUUAAUUCCAAGGUAUUUUUAGAACAAAAAUCUCCACUUCUUUCUUAUUUCUUUGAAUCAACACAUUUUCAGAGUUUUACUACUUAUUAAAUAAACACAUGGAAUCACAUAAAAUUAGAUCAGAGUUAUGUAUUGAGAUGCUCAACUAGUUAGCAGUGAUCGAUCAAGGAGUGAAGACAAUAAUAACUCGUACAUCAUAUAUUUCUGUUGCAUAUUAUACUUUUGGCCUCUGUACUUUGUGAUUAAACAUCUGUUUUGUUCAUUGACUGAGAUUAUUCAGUGUGAGUGUUUCCGGUGAUUAAAUCAACGCCAGUCAGUCAGUACAAUGUAGAACUUCGUACGUACGUACAUCAGUUCGAAUUGCCAAACCACAUUAGCACAGAGAUGCAGUUGUCGAUUCAAAUCCUGUAGUGGUAGAGGUAGUAAGAGUAUAAGCAGUAAUCGGAAACAUUAAGGUUUGAAGAUGUUACUCAAGGAGUAUAAUCCAGUAAAAUAAACUUGGAAAGAGAAAAUAAAGAGACAAGGACGAUUCAGGAGUUAGAAUUUGGGAGAACACAAAGAGUGAAUGCACCUGCGCCACUGCAAACGAUUUCGAGCCAUGUCAUUCAAGGUCUCUAACCAUCGGUUGCUAUCAUCUCUCGGUCCUCAACCACGUAGUCUACACCUACCAACAUGGCUCAGUCCACUUGUCAGUGACUUCAUGGACGCCAACAUUAUAACAUAUACAUAAAAUAACAAUGUAGUAAGUUUCUCUACUAUAUCACUACAUUUCCAUUUGUUCUAUGUUCACUAAUACAAAGGUCAAUUAAUCUGUCACUUCUAUUUAUAUACUCAUUACUUAGCUAUAAUCAAUAUAUUUUUCUCAAUACUUAGUCUGAAGGUCUAAAUAUUUAUGAACUUCCAGAAAAAAAUUUUCCAUCAAG